AAAGCACAUUACUUCUUUUUAGGGUAAUCUGAUUCAAGAUCACACUGCAUGGGCACUGUUGUAAACUCGAAUACAAAAGACAAUCCAUGUCAUGGUUACAGUCUCCACGCAGCAGGUUUCUUAAAGCCUGAAACAGAAAUAGACCGUGUGCACUUUAACAAAAACGUUAUCAAAAUAGGUAAACAAUGUGCCUUUUUUACUUCAUAGUUAUAUCAACACUUUAUUUCAGAAAGGUACCAAACCUAAUGCUACUUUUUACUAUUGUUUACUUCGUAUUGUUGCUAAGAGACCAUUUUCUUUCUCAGUGAUAAAGACGUAGAAAAUCAGGUUCUUUCAGGUGCAGGUCUCCUUUGUCAUGGCUACACAUAUCCGUUUACAGAAGCUUGCUGCUUUCCUUCAGAGCGCUGAACCAUCAAGAGGCUGACAUGGGUUCAACCAGCUUUACCAAUCCCUAUGCGAUCGAAGUCAUUCGCAUGAAGAAAAGCGAGCUGGUCAAUGGCAUUUCAAAUACAGAGGAUCUGCUGGAUCUCCUAAUCGCAAACGGAGUUCUUCAACCCGACAGCCGAGCCAUGAUGUCCAGCAUCACUGCGCAAGAGGAAAAGAACUCCAGGAUGUUAAACGUCUUGAUCGCGAGAGGAGAACGUGCCUGCCGAAUCUUCUUCUACCCUUGUCUGAAAAGAGCGGAGCCUGACCUUUACCAGCACAUGAGAACUUACGUGGGUGGGGUUAAUGAGGGCAUUAAAGACGCACGGAGACAGCUGAUUGGAUAUCUGCUGGAGAAAGACAAACAAGGUCUUGUCAAAUACUCAAAAUCAACUAAGGAACUUAAUCCUGAAAGAAUCCAGCCGAAGUCUAUACGGAACGAGGCUACGUCUUCAACAGAACGAAAACAAAUCCCCAAAUCUGAAGGAGAUCAUGACGCCAUCCUCAGAGCCAUAUCCUCGGGUGAUCUCCAUCUCCUUCAGGAGCUUAUCAAAGGUUUGGAUGUCAAUAGUUCUCGCUCGUCCUCCGACUCCCUGCUACAUCUCGCUGCUGAAUAUGGGAAGGAGGCCAUUGUGUACUUUCUGCUCAGACAGGGGGCGAAACUAAACUUAAAGGACACGGAGGGCCGUACUGCCCUGCACAGAGCUUCAGAACGGGGCCAUACUGAUGUUGCUCUGGCCCUCGUGAAGGCCGGGGCCGACCUCCAUGCUACAGACCACACGUCAAAGACACCUUUGCAUCUGGCUGCUCAGAAUCAACACGAGAGUACGGUCAAAGCUCUAGUCCUCGAAGAGAAGAAGAGCCUCAAGAAUCAGACAACAGUUCUGCACAUGGCAGCCAUUGAGGAUGAGGCAAAACUGGCUGAGGUUCUUCUGAGGAACGGCGCUUCGGUUGAUACCCGAGAUGGUCAAAGGAAGACGGCUCUCUAUCACGCCGUUCGCCACGGUAACGAGAAAGCCGCCGCUGUGCUGUUGAAGGCCGGAGCCCAGGUGGACUCUGUGAUCGUGGAUGCUGCCUUUGAGCUGAACAGAAAGUCUCUGUUGUCUCUGUUUUUGCGGUAUGUCCAGAUGUCCAUGUCUCAGAGUGAGAUGAACUCGGCUCUUUUUAAAGCGGUACGGAGGAACUUGGACGGGGUCGUGGCUGCGCUCAUUGCUCAUGGUGCGGAUGUUAAUAGCUUUAACGAGCUUGGAUACACACCUUUGCUUCUAGCUGCGGAGCUGGGGAAUGCGGAGGCCCUCAAAGUGCUGGUGUCAAAAAAGGCCAGACUGGAUGAGAAACUGCCAAACCAGAUCUCAGCUCUUCACCUGGCCAUACAAAGUGGCAGUAUGCAAAUAGCACAGAUAUUAUUGGAUAAGGGCAUAGACCCCAACAUCAGUGGCCCCAAAGAUCAGACCCCCCUCCAUCUGAGUGCAUCACAUAACCAGCCAGCGUUGAUGGCGCUGUUGUUGCGUGUGGGGGCUCAGAUUAACUCCAUCACCCAGGACGGACUCACUCCCCUGCACCUCGCGAGCCAGAGCGGUCACACUGAAGCGGUCGCCCAGCUGCUGGAGGCCAAGGCUGACCUCCAUGUCAAAGACAAACAGGGGAGAACAGCCCUGCAUUGGGCAGCAGCACACGGGGAGGUGGGAGUCAUACAGCUGCUGCUCGCUGCUGGGGCCGAUCCCAACGCCUCUGAAAAAGAGAAAAAGACCCCACUGCACCUGGCUGCCAUGGAGGGACACACCAAGGCCGUUUCGGCGCUGAUGGCCGGUAAAGCCAAAGUCGGAGCUAAGGACAUGGAUGGCUGCUCUCCACUGCAUUACGCAGCUCGAAGCGGGAAGGAAAGAGCAGCCGGCGUUCUUCUCGCAUCUGGUAAGAGCAUGAAUGUGGAUGAUAAGAACGUGUGGAGAAGGACUCCUCUGCAUUUAGCGGCAGAACAUGGCCAUGAGACGCUGGUGGACCUUCUGCUGAAGAACGGCGCCAAGAUCAACUCCCUGGAUAACAAUAAAGACACACCACUGCACUGCGCUUGCCGUGACGGGCAUGUGGAAACAGUACAGAGACUAAUAAACUGGACAAAUGGAGAACGAGCCAACCUUCAGGCAACUAAUAAAGUCAAGAAAACCGCCCUGCAGGUGGCGGUGUUAGAGGACACACCAGAUCACCAGAUCAUAACUACUCUGCUAAAGAAGAAGAUGUUCCUUGUGAAAUAAUAAGAAGAAAACUGUAUAAAAUCAUAAAAUAUGUUUGGCAGAAAUGUUUGCUAAGCUGUAUUAUGAAUCAUUGACUAUCACCCCAACCAGCAGCUUUCACUCUUUUUGCAUCAUCAUUUUGCAUAAUUUUACAAACAUUACAUUUAGAACAAGAAUUUUUAUUUUUAUUUUAUUUUGUAUAUUGGGAGUGGAUUGGUUGUGGUUUGCUAUUGCUGUGAUGCCAUGUAAGUGACAAGUUGUCCCACUCUCAUGUCAGUAAACACGUCAUCAGAUAAAAGAAGAGAUCCAAGAGGGAGGGGGUUAUUUUGAUUAAAGAUUACAAGGGCAAGUGUGUUUAAAAAAAUAAUGAUGUGCAUGGAUAAAUAUAUAUGUUUUUUUUUAUUUAUACUGCAAAAUUCCAUAAAAACAAGAAGUGUCCAUUUUGAUUUCAUGAUGACUUUAACGUUGCUUGAUAAAGCAAUCCUCAGUUUCAUCAAUAGGUGUCACUCAAAUCAUGCAUUUGUGAACCUUCACCUUCACAUGUUAAAACCUACUGUCUAUGGUAAAAAAAUACCUACAGUAGGCUAUAUGGCAAAACAAAACAAAAAAACAAAAAAAGAAAAGCGGUUUCAGCAUUUUCAGGUUGUAUAACGCACAAUACUGUGGAAAAACGUAUGCAAGAAUGGGCUAGUUGUCACACUUUUCACUCAAAAGUAGGCAUUUCUCAGGGUAUAUUAGGUCAAUUUCUGUAACUAAAAUUAAAAGAUUCAAAUCUUGCCAACAAAAAGCUACUGAACUUUAAUCAUGACAUUAAUCCCAUUAAAAAUGCCUAAAAAAAUAAUCCACGAAACU